AUGCUACCCUCGUUGGCCUGGGCGGCCUUUCUUCUAUUGCCCGCAGUGCAGGCAGCUCCUCCCAAGAUGCACCACAAACGCUGCGGCCCCAUAUCUGACUACUACGGCCAAAGUACCGACGACUGGGAUACCUAUAAUACCGGGGAUUGGAUCAACAAUUGGUGGGAUAGCAAUGGGGAACUGAUAGCCAACAACAUUGGUGGCUUCGCCGGCGCCUUUGGUCAAUGGGCAAUGGGAAAUCCAGAUUGGUCGUGUCGUGAUGAUGGCUCGAAUUCAGCCUGCGACUUGCAGCUAUGUGAUAACCAAGUGCUCAAUGAUCGCGGUGAUGACAUUCGACCUACAUACUAUGUUCUUGAGUCGUCGUUUACAACUACUGCUCUUGGUGCAGCUUUGUCUAAGGAUGAGUGGGCCACCACUUUCUACAGAGAUAAAGAUGUCAAGAGCGUUACUGCGCUCAAGGGGGUAUUGACCCUCCUCACUACCAUUGUUGGUAUUGGUGCUUCCUUUGCUGGACUCGGUCCUGCCGUUGGCGGUGCCUUGGCUGCUGCUGGUAGUGCACUCACCAGUGGGGGAGUCUCCGCUGGUAGCAAUGCUCUAUCUUCUCACACGGAUGACACCUUUGAGAAGUCUGCCGAUCUGGGCGGUAUCUUGGGCACCCUUGUGGUUGACUCGAUGAAGUCGUUCACCACUGCUAACAACCAGCUGAUGAGUGGUCAGACCUAUGGCGACGUGGAUAUCCGCAGCUAUAUCUCUGGCGGAGCGUUCCUUGCGUUCCCCGGUGUCGAUAAGAAUGCUGUCACUGAUGCAAUGACCAACAUGUUGGUUGGUACUGCUAUCAAUCAACUGUACCGCACCCAAAAGAUCUUCAUCAUGGGUGGUGGUGCCUGCGACGAUAACCAGGGCAUUGGGUCUGGCCCCCAAGAAUCCAAAAUUUGCCGCGACGGCAAAGCCUGGUACCUCUAUUACUGGCAGGAGAACGAUGUGAUCUCCCUUACCUCACACCAAUGGGGAUGGGUUGCCACUCCCCCCGGGCUUGAGAAGCUAGGCCAGGAUGAAUACAGUGGCAUCCGAAUUGAGGAUGUUAUUAAUUCCUCUCUGGAUGCCUAUAACGUUGCCGGUUACAACUAUGAUGCCGACACCGCUGCUCAUCGUGCGUCGGAUGCUAUCUCAAAUGCAUGGGCAAGUCCGGGCUCGGCGGCUGCAUCCUGGGAGGGUAUCUUCACGAUCCCGGUGUGUGAUGUCGGCUCUGCUGUCGAUGCGGACUACGAAUACAAAGAGUAUAUCUUGCAGCCAUACGGUCAUGACAGCCGUCCUGUCUGGUGUGGACCGAUCUGUAGUGGCGAUGAUCAGAAGACGAAAGACUUCAUCAACGCAGUCAACAUGGAUGGGUUCCGGAGCCCUAAGCAUCUCUGUGAGGUUGAUCCGGGUUAUUAG